GAUGCUACGAAAAAGAUUUCAGAAGCACAAACAACCGUUGUGCGGAACCAGCUUCGAUUGGACACCCUCUCAAAGGCGUUUUCAACUGAGCAAAAUGCCCUGGCUGGCAGAAUUGAGAAACAGGUCGCGAAAUUGAUUGAAGACUAUUUCAAGUCCCAACCGAAACCGGAACCGGAUCCAAAAAUCCUAGCUGAAAUACGCGGUGCCAACGAGAAGAUCCAAGCAUUGGAAACUCAACUCGCUCUUCGAUCCUCUGAAGGCGUUUCAUUGAGAGAACACGUUGUUGGACUGGAAUCGUCCAUCUCUCAAUUGAAUCUCAGCGUUGCCAUUGGUCCACAAGACGUAAUCAAUAAACUUUCGGAGUUGAAAACCACAAUCCAAAGCGAAACCGGGUCAAAAUUUGCAUCAAUCUCGUCGCAAAUUGAACAACUGACAGCAUCCAAGGAACUCUUGGAAACUGCACAAGUCCGAGCCAAAACCGAUUUGGCGCAGUCUUUGGGGAUUGUGGAGGGAUUAAAAAGCAAAUUGGAAACCCUGGAAAGCACUGUCGGGGCAUCUCUGAAAUCUGCUGAGCAAACCACAGCCGAGAUCCAGAAAAAACUGGCAGAUUUCAAUCAAGUUUUGUCAAGUCAAAUUUCGGAAGUCUCGACAUCGGACAAAUCCGCCGUGAAAAGAAUCGAGGCACUCGAAAUUAAUCUCGCUGCGGCUCAAACUACUGCCCAAAAUUUGGUUGCAAAGAACAGUGAAAUCAAGAAUUCAAUCGACGCCAUUUCACUCAAAUGGUCUUCAGUUGAAAACCUGGAAAAGUCCAACCAACAAUUGGAAGAACGAAUCAAAGACUUGCGCGACAUCUGGAAAUCAUCGAAUAAUGAUUUCUCGGAUCUGCAGCAAAAGCUGACAAAGCUUGAAGCGCAAAUAUCAGCUGAUCGUGAAGGCUUGAGAAGCCAAUUGUAUGUCCUGGAGCAAAAUAUCAAGAGACAGCAGACACAAGAUAAUGAUAAUUUGCUCAGAAUCGUGGAUACAAGCAAAGCCAGUUUUUUGGCUUCCCAAGAAUUGACCGACAAACGCUUGGCAAUUUUCGAGUCUGACAUCAAGCGAAUUUCCGACACUGACCUGAUCAACUCUAAGACUAUCAAGGCUUUAGAAGAGUCUUUCAAGUCUGCGGAAUCCCUGAAAACUGAUAUUCAAGAUGUCCUGAAAAGGGUGACACUUUUUGAGCAGUUAGCAUCGACGACUCGGGAUCAACUGAAUGCCUUAGAGGGAACUGUUUCUGGCUCAGUGACAACUUCUCAAAAGGAAUUUCAAGACCUGAAAACUGAGUCGAGUCGAUUGUCAACAAAUUUGGACGGAAUCGUCAAUCGUUUGCAAAGUCAGACCCAAAUCAUCGAGUCUCUGAAAACUGAAAUUCUUGGGCUGAAGGAUGCGACGAAUGCUGUUGCUGCUGCUGAUGCAUUGCAAAUCAGUCGAAUCGACUCACUCCUAGGUGAACAAGCUCAGAAGAUUCAAAAUCUGAAAAAGCUGAUUGAAACUGACAUCAGUAAAAUUGAGGCACAAGAAACCCGGCUUUCUAGUUUAGCAUCAACGUGUGAUUUGUUGAGCAGACGAUUGCGAAACCAGGAGCUCGUAAGCGUGUCAAACUGGCCGAAAAAUUGCCAGGAUUGGAAGAAUCGCGGGGCGACAUCUUCCGGGAUUUACACAAUCGACCCAGAUGGCUCUGGAGUUGGAGAAUCCGCUUUCAUGGUUGAAUGCAACAUGGAAACAGGAGCCACGGUCAUUCCACAUAAUUUGAACCUGGAAAAUCAGGUUGCACGUUGCCUGCUGCCAGGCUGCGAGGUCAGAAAGGUCAACUACCAAGUUACAAUAUCGCAAAUCAAGGCUCUUAAGGAAGUGUCAACGUCGUGUCAACAAGAAAUUAAGGUCAAUUGUUUGGGUGCGACCCUAAGCGCAGCUUCAGGAACACAAAACGCAUGGUGGGUAGGCAUAGAUGGCAGCACAAGGAAUUACAAUUGGCACAGGUCAGCGACAGGAGAAUCAGCACAUUUCUGCGCCUGCCAAGAAACAAGGACUUGUCAAGACCCGGCUUUGACGUGCAAUUGUGACUCUUCAAGUAACGUCCGGCUGAGUGACGUGGGAUCCAUCGAUGACAUUUCGAAGCUGCCAAUUACGGAAUUGCAUUUUGGCGGGGUCUCGGAAAUCGGCAAUCAGAUGAUGAGCUACACUCUGGGAAACUUUUUUUGCACAGGGAAAAAGGAUCCAAUAUCAACAACAAGUACCUGUAAGGACCUGUUUGCAGCCGGGAACCAAGCAUCUGGGAUGCACUGGAUCGACGGGCCGCCUGGCAGCGAAAAAGUCGAACUCGUCGUUUGCAAAAUGGCGGGUCAGACCGUCGCUCAGUCGCCCCCAUUGCUGAGUCUGGUUCGCAACGCCCUCACGUUCAAUUGCCGACGCAUGCAUUCUUACGCCAAGGCCAAGACUGUCAUCCCGUUCGACAGUGUCGUCACCAACCACCCGGAUUCUGUGCACAAAGAGGCUGGCACUGUCACCGUGCGAACCCCUGGCGUGUACUACGUCAGGCUCACAGUAGAUACCUACGGGAUCCUCUCCACGUUGGUGUGCAUUAGGAAAAAUGGAGUGAACGAGGCAUGCGUAUUUGGUAAAGAUGAUGGAGGUCAAAGCCAAGGAACAAUACUUUUUUGCCAGGCCAAUGAUGUUCUGGACUCAUACUUGGUCCAUGGAGCAAUCGCGGAAUCUUCGCAGCAAUUCUUCACACAAUUCUCCGGAUUCCUUCUCUGGGCAUCUUAAUUAUGCUGUCUUUGCCGUGGCAACGUAUGAAUAAAGAACAUUGUCUGAUGUUUUGAAGCGCAUUGAUUUGGUGUGUUGAAAAUUUAAUUCAGUUUGGUACUAUACAGAUGGAUGGAAAUGACAAAUACAAUUGAUCAAUUCAUGGAUUGUUGAAGCGAUUUCUGGAUCCCCUUAGUCACGAAUUUUGGCGUAAUGACACAAUUUUCCGCUCUGAUGUAAUAUACAUCACAGUACUGUACUUGGAAAGAAUCGAAGUUAUAUGCUGCAUUUUGGACGAAAAUCGUCUCAUUGCCAGGAAAUGCAUGAACUUCAUACUUGAUGGUGUUUUUUCAUUGUCGUUGAUUUUUCGAGGUCCAGAAGUAGAUUGUGGAAAGAUGGCUUAGAAAUGAAAUUUCAAGAAAACGU